GUUGUCAAGGAAGUUUGGAUAACACGUCAUGGAUUUCGUGAAGACUGGGUUAAUCCCAACCCAUCUCUGCCUACUCACCUUGGCAACGAUCCACCAUUAUCUGAAUUUGGAAGACAACAAGCAAAAGAGCUUGGAGAGUACUUACGAGAUAAACGUAUCGAUAGAAUUUAUUCGUCACCAUUUUAUCGUGUCUUGGAGACAGUUUAUCCCCUGGUAGACGAAUGCCAUAUCCCGCUCUUUAUAGACAAUAGCAUGGCUGAAUGGUAUGGUCUUGCUCAUGGUAGAUACCUACCUCCCGCUCCUAUCUCUGAGUUGAAAAAGCUAUUCCCCAAACUAGACACUUCACACACAUCAACCAUUCCCUUGCCUACAGGAACAGAGACCGAGAAAGACUGUCAUAUCCGUGUCAAGGAAGGUUUAGACAAGCUGUUAGCCUACCUAGAUCAGAAAGACGUACACACUAUUCUCUUGGCUGGCCAUGCUGCCUCUGUCAUCUGUGCCGUACGCGCCUUACUUAAUCAAGGCAGUUAUCAGGUUCGAUCAGGCACUUGCUCCCUUUCACGUCUCAUCAAACAGGACGAUGGCUCUUGGAAGAUGCUCCAGAACGGAGAUUGUAGUCAUCUAAGUCAAGGAGAACAGCGGUCGUGGACUUUU